AUGACUUCUUGGCUUCGCCCCGAAAAGAAAGAAGAUCAAAAACCUCCGCAACUGAAAUCAAGAAUACCAGUCAGAAUGACUCGCCUAUGCAGUGAUAAUGUCAGAAGUUCCUCGUCAAGGGACAAAGCAGAUAAAACAGCGCGUCUGCAAAAAGAUAUAGAAAGCAAAGUUCAAAGCAAGCAAUCAUCGCGGAUUCCGAUUGCGGUGAAUGGGAGGAAGACCAAAGUUGAUUCUAAAGAUAAUGUACCCAUGAAUUUCAAAACUACUCGAAGAGGAAAGCCUUUCGGAGGAGAUUCAGGUAUGUUUAUUUCCCAGCAAGUAGCCAGCAUUAGUUUUUUCACUUUUUUUAGAACGGUUUCAGGCGAACGGCUGGAAUCAUCAUAUUGUCUGUGUUAUAACAUACGCUGUAGGUAAAAAAAAGCAGCAACUGAGAUAAAUUGGCGGAAACCACGUUGUACAGGGCUGAAAAUAUGUUAUUUGAAUGUUCUUCGAUUUAUAAAAGUCGAUGAGUAAGACUUGUUUUUAACUUUAAAUUCCUAUUUAAUGUAGAAAAAGAUUACUACUAUAUUGUUUCUCGUUUGUCAUCACAUUUCUAUUCAUUUAUUAGUUUAUUAGCUAUUUGUUCAGUUUUCAUUUUUUUUUUUUUAUUUUUUUAAUCUAUUUAUUUACAUAUUUUAACCAUAUGUCAACUGAAUAAAGGUUUUCCUCAAGUUGUUGAGAUUUUGAUCUAGAAUUAAAAAGGCUUCUUUUGGCUGCUAAAUUCAUCAGUCAUCUUGUUUAUUUUAAGCCACUUAGUCCAUGCUCGUUUGCACAAACUAGAGGUAAAUUUCUGCAGUUACAGCUUCAUGACAUUUGCUAAAGAAAUGAAACGUUUGGACCUAUCUUUUCUUAGGGAGAGCUAAUUGGUAAUCUUGAUUUGAUCACAGGUAUUAAACUGCGAGAAACUCACAGUAAACAAGACAAGAAGACCGCAAGUACCAUUCCUUCAACCACAGCUAAAGAAAGUAGUUAUAGGCGCGCUCAGAAAACGACGCCAAUUGUCAGGCGACGUGUACCACGACAGCUUACACCAACAGAGACAGGGUCGAAACAGGUAAAUCUGGGAGGAAAAUGUUAUUUCAGUAAAUACCAAACGUGAAGUAUUUCACAGUGACAUCUGUCUCUUUUGGAGGGUCUGGAACUUACUAAUAUGAUUAACCUUUGUUUUACAUCUUCGCGAAUUAAGAAUGUUAGGUUUAUAAGGAAUAUCCAGAAAUAUAACAGCUGCAACAAAAACAACGCAUUUUUUGCUUAAAUAAUCAGGUUUGCGAGGAUGAGAAAGAAUCACGAGAAGAAAGCUCAGCAAGAGAGAUAUCAUCUGCAGCCAAGGCGGAAGAGGUCGCGCCUGAGGUCACCACAGGUAAACAAAGCAGUUACAGGCGCUCUCAAAAAACGACCCCAAUUGUCAGGCGACGUGUACCACGACAGCUUCCACCAGUAGAGACAGAGACCAAACAGGUAAAUCUAGGAGAAAAAUGUUAUUUCAGGAAAUACCAGAUGUGAAGUAUUUCACAGUGACAACUGUCUCUUCAGAGGAUCUGGAACUUAAAAUCGUGAUAAGCCAUUGUUUCACAUCUUCGUGAACUGAAUUAGGAAUGUUAGGUUUAUGAGGAAUAUCCAGAAAUAUAACUGCUGCAACAUAAACAACGCAUUUUGUGCUUAAAUAAUCAGGUUUGCAAGGAUGAGAAAGAAUCACGAGAAAAAAGCUCAUCAAGAGAGAAAUCAUCUGCAGCCAAGGCGGAAGAGGUCACGCCAGAUUUUGAAUGUAAUGAUGCACUUGUGCAUGAGGAAAAGCUUCGUUUGGGGGCUAAAUCAGAUUUUAGUGGUAACGAGAUUGGCGACGACUUUAUAUGUUACUCAAAAUCUUGCGACGAGAAAGCAAUGCCCAAUGUGCCCCAACGGCUGAUAGAGGAGUACAAG